CUUUGAAUGUCCUGUUCCUGUCAGUACUACUAAUCCUACCACAGUCCGGACAGCCAGAACCAGCAGACCAGGUGGGUUGACAGAGAUUUACUUUAUUGAUUUUAUACAUGCAUAGAAAUCAACUGAGACCAAGGUCUGAGUCCUGCAUUACAACAAUAAAACACAUACAAAAUAUUGAUACAUGCACUAAAACAUUUAACAUCACUCUGAAUGGUAUUCCAUGAGUGUGGGUGAGUAGUUUUACCCAGUUUUGACUUGGCCUGUGGCAAACAGUAACAGAGUUUUGGCCCCGCGAAGUAACCACCCUCAAAUUCAAAGACAGAGCUUUGGAUGGAAGGACUGACCAUUGUGGAAUCCACAUUAUAGUUUGGAUCGUGUUGACGGGAUUUAGAGUGUUUAUAUAUAUUCACUUUGUUUACAAAUAUUGGAGUCGAACAAACAAAUACUUUAUGUCCUGUGGAAACUUAAAGGGGCACCGUGUAGAAUCCCGCCUCUAAGUUUUACAGUGCUGAAUUUAAACAAUACCACAACUUGUCUCCUCCUCGUCUUCUCUUGCCAAAUAAGACUGGUAUAGUAUUAGAUAGGCCAGGGUGGUUUAGGGUCAGAAGGAUAGUGUCUAAAAUGAGUAUGAGAAGACUAAAAGUUAAUGCAAACUGACAAACAGACCGGUGAGAAAGUUUAAAUGGAGAAUAUCUCAGGCACUUGGAACAAUUUCAUAGAAGGACAUAUCUGAAACAUCGACAUUGAUGGCUUCCGUUCAUUUAUGCUUGCAUUUAUGCUAGUAAUACUGUAUGAAUCUUACACAUUGCCCCCUUAAAAAUAACUUUGGAUAUGUUUAUUGGUUUAUACUUUCAACAUGUUUUAACAGUGUUACUCUGGUCUCUGUCUAGACAUGGCUCAAUGCCUCCUGUCGGAAGAGCAGGUCCAGUGUUUUAUCUGUCAGGACGUGUUCUCUGAGCCAGUGUCUACGCCGUGUGGACAUAACUUCUGCAUGGCCUGUAUCGCCGGAUACUGGGACAACAAUGACUUCUGCCAAUGUCCUCUGUGUAAAAGAGUGUUUGACCGGAGGCCAUAUCUCCUGGUCAACACUUUCGUUGAGGAUAUGGCUACUCAGUUCAGGCAGGCAGUUCAGCUGGAAGCAACUGAACUGGGAGAAGGGCCCUGUGGCGUUUUCAUUGGGACCAAGCGCCGGGCCCUUGAGUCCCACUGUGAGCCUCGACAGAUAGACCCAGCCCUGAAGAGACACAAGCUGACGGAUCCUGUUGACGACCCGAAACACGGAACGUGCCAGAAGCAUGAUGGUCUCCUGCAGAUGUUCUGUCGGACCGACCAGAUGCCAGUGUGCCGGGUCUGCACUGAGAUGGACCACCAGGGACACCACGCAGUCCCCCUGGAGGAAGAGUGUGGACAGAGGAAGGCUGAGCUGGGGAGGAGGGAGGCGGAGGUGCAGCAGAUGAUCCUGGAGCGACGGCAGAAGAUCCAGGAGAUCAAGGACUCAAUAGAGCUCAGCUGGAGAGACACAAUGAGAGAGACCGAAAACGGAGCACAGAUUAAGGCCUUCACUGCUCUGAUGGAUCUCAUUGAGGACAGCCAGGCUAGUCUCAUUCGGUUUGAGAGGGAGAUGCGUGACAUGAAACAUGAAGCAGUAAAGAGGAGGGGCAGCGGUUUCGUCAAAGAGCUGGAACAAGAAAUCAGUCUUCUGCAAACGGGAAAUGCUGAGCUGAAGCAGCUCUCUGAAAUUGAGGACCACCUCCACUUCAUCACGACCUCCCAAUCCCCUUUUAUGCUUCUGCCUACCAAAAACUGGUCUGAGAUCAGGGUUUACAGCCCGGUAUGUAAGGGGGAUGUAAGGCUAGCGGUGUCUCAGAGACAGCUGAUGGAGGAGACAGUCAGAACCGUGUCCCUGCUGCAGGAGAAACUAAAGAGCGGACUGAAGAGUUUGCGUGACGCUGAGCUGAAGAGUGUCCAGUGUGUUGCAGUGGAUGUGACCCUGGAUCCAGACACAGCCCAUGCUAGACUUGGCAUCUUUAAGGACGGCAGAGAGGUCAGGCAUAGAUGCAACAAAAGGAAUGUUACUGACCAUCCGGGCAGGUUUGGCCUAGGUUGCUGUGUGCUGGGUAAGGAGGGCUUCUCCUCAGGGAGAUUCUACUACGAGGUGCUAGUCAGGGGUAAGACCAGAUGGGAGUUAGGGGUAGCCAGAGAGUCCAUGGAUAGGAAAAAAAGAGCGCCAAUGGUCCCUCAUGAGAGACUCUGGACAUUGGGGCUAAGGUCGAGAAAUAAGUACAACGCUAUCUCAAAAAAAGCCAUCCACCUCUCCCUAAGUGAGGUGCCCCAGAAGGUGGGUGUGUUUGUGGAUUAUGAGGGGGGGCAGGUCUCCUUCUAUGAUGUGGGUAACAUUUCCCACAUCUACUCUUUCACCGGCUGCAACUUUGUCGAGAAACUCUACCCAUACUUCUGCCCCUUUAACAAAAAAGAUGCCAACGAGGCCCCCUUGGUCAUUUCUCCUGUCAAAGACUCUGACUCGUCCAGUGAUUCGUAUGCCGACAAAGACUCGUCCAUGGACUCAGACUAACCCUGUGGGUCACAUGAUUGUUAUGACAGGAUAAUCAUUGGGGAUUCAGGAUGACUUUAAAUCUUUUUCAUUUUGUGUGAGAGACAAUGCAGAACUCCACCUGAUGCUACUACAUUCCACAUAUGCUCUUUUCAGUAGAUGUGUGUAAUAUAUCAGAUCUCUGUUGUACAUUGAAUGUCUGAUAUGUCUGAUCAUCUUUAAUUUCCACUAGACUAAGACAUUUCAGAACCAGAUCACAGCCGUGGAUUACAUGAAAGAUUCCAGCGGUCUCCCCCGAGUUGGGUAGGACUGCCUGCAGUUCCUUCACACCUUAUUUAUGGAACAAGCGGGCAGAUACAACUCUGAUGUCCCUUGCCCAUUUAAAAAAUGUAAUGGAGGAUCAAUAUGUUGUCUGUGAUUGUUUCUGUUGAAUUUUUUGACUGUUUUGUAUGUUUGGAAAUGUUCUUUUUAUGUUGUGUGCCUAACUGUACACAUAAAAAUGUCUACACAGGGCAUGGCCUCAAAAGAGAUCUGUUUUUCCUGUUAAAACAAAAUGUUUAUUUUAUUUUUAUUCAGUAUAUUAUACACAGUCAGACAGAU